GAUGAGAACGCAAACAAGAAAAGACGUUGGCGUCUCUUCAAGAAGAUGUUGAAGAUCCACGGCGUCAUUCUUGUUUUGUUCAUAUCAAUAUCAUUGUCAUAUUUUGCAGUCAAAGUCAGCUCUCUUUCGUCGGAGGUGACAGAACUUCCUUCAGAGAUAGCCAAACUUUCUCUGGAGAUGGAAAACCGCUUCAAGACGAUGGAGUUGCGACUAAAAGACCUGGAACGAAUGACUGGAUAUCCAGGAGAGAAGAAGCCUAUGGGGCCUGCUGGUCCUGUUGGACCGCCCGGGCCGCCUGGGGAAAGGGGACCCAUCGGGCCCGCUGGUCCUGGAUCUGUUGGACCACCUGGGCCUCCUGGACCACCAGGGGAAAGGGGGGCCAGGGGGCCUGCUGGUCCUGGACUUAUGCCACCAUGGGAAGAGGAGGGAGGCAUAGGUGACCCACCUAUGCCACCAUGGGAAGAGGUGCUCUUCGGGCCUGCUGGUCCUGGAACUUCCAAGGCUAAUUAAAAGAGAGACACCAUUGUCUUAUUGAUGUGUUAUUUAGUACCGGCGACACCAGUCUGUUUGAUGUGUCAUUUAGUGCCAGGGACAGCAGCCUUGUUGGUGUGUCAUUUAGUACCGGCGACAUCAGUCCUGUUGUUAUUUAGUACCAGGGACAGGAACACCUGUCUUGUUGAUGUGUUAUUUAGUACCACGGAUAGGGACAGCAGUCUUGCUGAUGUGUUAUUUAGUACCAGGGACAGGAACACCUGUCUUGUUGAUGUGUUAUUUAGUACCACGGGCAUGGGCAUCUGUCUUGCUGAUGUAUUAUUCAGUACCACGGAUAGGGACAGCAGUCUUCUUGAUGUGUUAUUUAGUACCAGGGACACCAGUCUUGCUGAUGUGUUAUUUAGUACCAGGGACAGGGACACCAGUCUUGUUGAUGUGUUAUUUAGUACCGGGUACAACAGUCUUGGUGUGUUAUUUAGAAUCAGGGACAGCAGUCUUGUUGAUGUGUUAGGUACCGGGGACAGCAGUCGUGUUGGUUUUUUUUUAUUUAGUACCAGGGACAACAGUCUUGUUGGUGUGUCAUUUAGUGCUAGUGUCAGGCACAGCAGUCUUGUUGAUGUGUUAUUUGGUACCAGUGACAGCACUUUUAUUGUUGUGAUAUUUAGUACCAG